CCGCUCCUUUUUUUCUCUCCCCUCCCCUUUCUCUUGCCCAGUUCCUCUGGCACAUUCGGAAAGGAAGCAGCUGAGCUCACUCUUCCUCCCGAGCGGGAGCCCCGGGGCGCUCUCUUAUCUCUCUCCAGCUCCAGACGGCCCCUGGGAGCCGGGAACUCCUAGGUUCUAGGAUCCUUUGCCUGACUCUCCUCUCCCCCCAUCUUUUUCCAGCUCCUGCCCACCUCCCCGCCACUUUCCUUCCUUUCCUCCUCCCUCUUUAGCCUCGUUCCGCAGGGAGACUUGGACUCCUGGGUCCCUCUGCGGCAUCCCCUUCUCAUUGUCCCUCCUUAGGUUUUUAUCCUCAGUCCUGCUUUCUUUCCCCUCCCUCCCGUCUUCCCUUAUUCCUUCGGCUCUGCUCAACAUUUGGCCCAGCGUCUGCUGGGGGCCCGGGGCCGGGGGUGCCCUUGGGUACCGGCUGGAGCAGGUGGGGCCCCGCAGGAUGUACCCCCAAAGCAGGCCUCCGGCCGGACAGACCUUCAAGUUCUCUAUCUUAGAGAUCUGCGACCGCAUGAAGGAGGAAUUUCAAUUCCUGCAAGCUCAGUACCAUAGCCUCAAACUGGAGUGUGAAAAACUGGCCAGUGAGAAGACUGAGAUGCAGCGUCAUUACGUCAUGUAUUAUGAGAUGUCCUAUGGCCUCAACCUGGAGAUGCACAAGCAGGCGGAGAUUGUGAAGAGACUCAGCACCAUCUGUGCCAAGAUCAUCCCCUUUGUGAAGCAGGAGCAUCAGCAGCAAGUCCUUCAGGCUGUGGAGAGAGCCAAGCAAGUGACCACAGCGGAGCUGAACAGCAUCCUCGGGCAGCAGCAGUUACAGCACCUGUCACACCAUAUUCCACCCGUACCCUUGACCCCCCACCCUGCAGCGGGGUUGCUAGCCCUGUCUGGAGCCCUGGCCACCCAGGCCCAGCUGGCAGCCAGCAUCACUGCCGCUGACACAACUGCCAAGGAGGACCAGAGGAGCCCAAGCACCGGGGAGCCUCCAGCAGGCAGAGGCCACAGCAGCCGGAGUCCGUCCCCUUCACCCCCAGGGAGCCCAGUGGAAGAAGAAUGGCUCAUUGGUCAGACACACAAACAGGAAGAGAAGGAUCUUCUGGGAAACUAUGACAGUGAUGGAGACAAGAGUGAUUAUAAUCUAGUGGUGGAUGAGGAUCCUGUCUCAGAACCCCCAAUCCUGGUGCCCACACCCAGCCCAAAGCUACUCAGCCACCCGGAUGGGCCCGACAGUCCAGCUUCUCUGUCCUCCAGCCAGACCGCAUCGACCCCCAAAGGCAAGGACCCCAGCCUGAAGCUGCUUUCUGUCAGCAAGCCCAGAAGCCCAUCCUCCUCCCCAGAUGCCUCCACCCCUGGCCCCAGCUCUGCCAGCAGCCUGCGGCAUCCUGCCACCAAAUUCCUGUCUGUCCCAGAGAGUGCUGCCUUAAGGAGCGCCCUGACGCUGUCCGGCCCCUUUGCUGCGUCCCUUGGCGUGGGAGCCCACGCUCUGCUCGGCGGGGACCUUGCCAUGCCGCGCCCCUACGUGAGCCUGCACCUGUCCCCACAGGUCGGCGGCCCCACGACGUACGGCCACUCCCCCAUGGUGAGUGACCACUGGGCCCGGGUUCUGGGCCGGCCCGCCUCGGCCUUCCCCUCCACCCAGAACCGGGCCUUCAUCCCUCCUGCAAACUGCUGCCCGGCGACGGGCCUGAUCGUGGGGGGGCCACACCCCUCCAUCUGGGCCCGCCCCACCCCCCAUCGGGCCGACUCACUUCCUCCGCCCGCCCUCGCCCUGGCCAUCGCCCGGCGCAGGUCCUUCUCCUGCUGCAGCGACGGCAACAUCGUGGUCUGGGACCUGCAGAACCAGGCCAUGGUCAGGCAGUUCCAGGGCCACACGGACGGGGCCAGCUGCAUCGACAUCUCCGACUACGGGACGCGGCUGUGGACGGGCGGGCUGGACAACACCGUGCGCUGCUGGGACCUGCGGGAGGGCCGCCAGCUCCAACAGCACGACUUCAGCUCCCAGAUCUUCUCCCUCGGCCACUGCCCGGGCCAGGAGUGGCUGGCCGUGGGCCUGGAGAGCAGCCACGUGGAGAUCCUGCAUGUGCGCAAGCCUGAGAAGUACCAGCUUCACUUGCAUGAGAGCUGCGUCCUCUCCCUCAAGUUCUCCUCGUGCGGGAAGUGGCUUGUGAGCACGGGGAAGGACAACCUGCUCAAUGCCUGGCGGUCGCCCUAUGGGGCCAGCAUCUUCCAGUCCAAAGAGUCAUCCUCUGUCCUCAGCUGCGACAUUUCCGGCAACAACAAGUACAUUGUGACAGGCUCGGGGGACAAGAAGGCCACAGUGUACGAAGUGGUGUACUGAGGCUGCCCCCGGCCCCCUCUGGGAUCUCCCACCUACCUGUCCUCUCACCCCCAGCCCCCCCUCCCAAUCUUCUGAGUAAAUAAACAUUUCUGUCACAUGUGUUUGUCCAUGUUGGGCUGCAGGAGGCCGGCCUUCUCUUCCCCCCAGCCACCUGACCUGGGGCUGGGGAGGGGGCACUGGCCAGGGAUGUGGUGGGAGCCAAAAGCAGACUGGGGGGGGCCAAGGGGAGGCAGCAGAGGCCCCUCC